AUGUUAUUUUCCUAUCAACACUUGUUGUUUCUUAUCUUAGUAUUAAACUUACAAAAAACGUCAAGUAAUAGACAAUCAUUUAUUAAUUUAUCUCAACUUGGUUUAGAAUUUAUUCCAACCAAUGAAAAUCUUCUUCUUUUAGUUGAUACCAAUGCUGAUUCAAUUAUUUAUUGUUCAAAAAUAUGUUUUUCAAAUAUCUAUUGUCGAACAUUUAAUUUUAAUAUGCAAUCAAAACGUUGUCGUCUUUAUGAAGGUGAUAUAGAUAAUACAGGAUUAAUCAUUAAUUCUCAAUCAGCUGAGUCAGUUGUUGGAACAAUUAAAUUAACUACAGAUGAUUUUAUUGAUUAUGGACGUUCUUGUAGUUUUUGUGAGAAUAAACCAUAUUUAAUUUGUAUGAAUUCUACUUGUCAAUGUCAAUCUCAUUCAUUUUACAAUGGAUCAAUAUGUCAGAGUCAAAAAUUUGUUGGAGGUUCAUGUACUAAUGAUAUAGAAUGUCGAAAUGAUAUUAAUCUUACAUGUCUUUCAACUAUGCAAUGUGGAUUCAAUCUCACCACAGAUGAUGCAUAUGCAAAUCAUACUAGUGCGACUAUUUUGGCUACUACGACGCAUACUGACACUACUAACUCCAUUUCUUCUGAUACUACCAAGACUAGCACUACUAGUAAUUCAGAUACUAUGGGCUUAACAAGUACUUCAACCAAUAGUAUUUCGGCCACUACUAUAAUCACUACUAUUUCAACAACUAUGUUAACUAUUACGACAACAGUAGCUUCUGAUACUAUUAAUAAUACAACAACUAUAUUAACUACUGAUAAUACUACAACAAUAACUGCAACCAAUAGCAGCACUUCAAUAAUAACUUCAGGCAUCGGUGAUACUUCAACAGGAGCUUCAAAUGCUGAUAGUACAGCAACUACUUCUAUGGCUACUGACAGUAUUUCACCAAUCACAUCAGGCACUAAUAGUAUCUCACCAAUUACUACAAAUGUCGAGAGCACUUCAACAAUAACUUCGAGUACUGUUAGCGUCUCCACAACUACUUCAACCACUGAUAGUACUACAACAACUACAGCAACAACUGCAACAACUACUACAACUACUGGUAGUACUUCAACAACAACUUCAACCACUGAUAGUACUACAACCACUACUUCAAGUACCGAUACUACUUCAACAACUGCUACGAAUACUGAUACCACUUUAUCGACUACUACUAGUACUGAUAGUACCACAACAACUACUACAAGUACUGAUAGUACUACAACAACUACUUCAAGUACCGACACCACCUCAACUUCAACAGCAACGUCGACAACAACAGCUACUACAACAACUACUUCAUCAACAUCAACUACAACUUCAACAUCAACAGCAACAACAACAUCAACAACAACAUCAACUACAACAUCAACAUCAACAUCAACUACGACUUCAACAUCAACCACAACUUCAACAUCAACGACUACAGCAACAACUACUUCAUCAACUACAACUACAAUCAGAACAACUACAUCAACGUCAACAACAACUACAACAUCAACGACUACAACCACAACUACAACAACAACAAUAAAUCCAUGUACAUCAAAUACUUACCGAUGGAAUACAACAGGUAUUACUAUACUGAAUGCAUCGCAAGUAAUGUAUCCGGCUGGAAUAUUUUUCGACUCAAGUGAUACAAUGUAUGUUGUGGAUGCAACUAAUCAAGUUGUAUGGAAACUAUUGAAAAAUGCAACAACCGCGACCGUUGUAGCUGGACAAUCAGCAACAUCUGGCUCUAGUGCGGGUCUAUUGUCUGGUCCUGUAGAUGUUUCUAUUGAUUCAAAUAACAACAUGUAUGUAAGCGAUUGUUCGAAUGCCAGAAUACAAAAAUUUGUAAAUGGAUCAACUACUGGACAAACGUUUGCUGGAAUAAAUGCAUCAGCUGGUGCAGCAUUAAAUCAAUUGAGUAGCCCCGGAUGUUUCUCAGUUGAUUCAUCACAAACAUAUAUGUACAUUUCAGACUAUGUUAAUAGCCGAGUUAUGCGUUAUCCAAUGAGUUCAACAACAGGUACUAAUGGAACAAUCGUUGCUGGAGGUGCGGGUGCCGGAAACACGAAUACACAACUAUAUCAGCCUUGGGGAAUUGACUAUCGACCAACAAUAAGUAAUUAUUUGUAUAUAGUCAAUUAUAAUGGUCACUCAGUGAUGCGAUGGAUACCGGG